AUGGUCCGUCCUGUACUCAGUAAAUCCAACGCUAUCGUUCACAUUUAUAGUUUUGAUAAGAUUUUAUUAGUUAUGUCUCAGCAUCAUUUCACAACUCCACCGUCAAUAUUGGCACGUCGAAUUAAAAUGGCUAUUCCCAGUCAACAUGUUGAUAGCAGGCAACGUAUUAGUGUUCCAAAUUUGCGUAUACGAGAAGACACAGCAAAAUAUUUAUUAAAUUUGGACUCGAAUAGUGCCUAUUAUGAUCCAAAAUCUCGAUCAAUGAGAGAAAAUCCAUUUAACGGUACUACAAAAGAUCCGGCAACAGUACCGUAUCUGGGUGAUAAUUUGAUACGUUAUUCGGGUGAUGCAAAUCAAUUUGCUAAAACACAGAUGUUCGCAUGGGAAGCAUAUGAAAAAGGUGUUAAUGUCCAUACUCAAAGUGAUCCCACCAAGUUAGAAUUAUUAAAUAAAGAAUUUAGCCAGAAAAAAAGUGAUUUUGUUAAAAAGAUUCAGUCGGAAUUAAUUGAACGUUAUGGUGGUGAAGAAUAUUUAAAUACAUUACCAAGAAGACAAUCAUAUUGUCCAGGAUUUGUACAAGAAGAAAUACUACAACAACAAGAUGAAGGAUGUAUAGAUGAUGAUCGACUAAAGUCGAUGGUUGAAAUACAUCGAGAAAAAUUAGUCAAACAAAAACCGUCAAAAGCCGCCAGUAAAGAUGAUAAAGUGUUAAAAUUAGAUAAGAAAAAGGUACAAGAAGCAGCUAAAAUGAUUGAUGAACGUGAACGACAAGCGAAUGAACUGUUAAAAUUAGAUGAAAGAAAACGUUCAUAUAAUUCGUUGCAAACCAAUGGUACUCUUGCUGAACCAACCCAAGAAGAACUUGAAGCAUAUCGAUUGAAAAAAUUUAGACACGAUGAUCCAGUGCCACAGUUGUUAAAUUCCUAA